CUUAUACUAUACCUUCCCCCUCCUCUGCCCGACGUCACUAGGUCUGUGUUCUAUCGCUUGACCCUCUCUCUCUCUCUCUCACUCUCUCACUCUUCUCCCUCUCUCCCCGACCGUGCGGUGUGGAUCUCGCACACCCUGGACUCUCUUGGUCAGAUUGAUUCUAACAUCGCAUUCUCAUCCCUAGACCUUUGAAUCUCACGCAACCGUCGUCAUGGGUCUCACUUUCUCCAAGUUGUUCGACCGGCUAUGGGGCCGCAAGGAGAUGCGUAUUCUGAUGGUCGGUCUCGAUGCCGCCGGUAAAACCACCAUCCUGUAUAAGCUCAAGCUGGGUGAAAUCGUCACCACCAUCCCCACGAUUGGUUUCAACGUCGAGACCGUCGAAUACAAGAACAUUCAGUUCACCGUCUGGGACGUCGGUGGUCAGGACAAGAUCCGUCCUCUCUGGAGACACUACUUCCAGAACACUCAGGGUAUCAUUUUCGUUGUCGACAGCAAUGACCGUGACCGUAUCGUCGAGGCCCGUGAGGAGUUGCAGCGCAUGUUGAACGAGGAUGAACUCCGUGAUGCCCUUCUCCUGGUGUUCGCCAACAAGCAAGAUUUGCCGAACGCCAUGAGCCCUGCCGAGAUCACUCAGCAGCUUGGUCUGCAGAGCCUCACUCGCCGCCCCUGGUACAUCCAAUCCACCUGCGCCACGACUGGUGACGGUCUGUACGAGGGUCUGGAGUGGCUUGCUGAGACGCUGCGGAAAACGAACCGCGACUAAACUGAUCAUCUAAUGAGUGGAAGAAUACCUGGAAGUUUGUGAACCUGGGAGUUGCGGAUGCUGGAUGGGGAACCGGGGCCGGCAAAGUCACCUCGUGUAGGGGAAAGGGAUUAUGCUUGCUAAACUUGGUGGUUCUUGUAUGUUCUCUAACGGCUCUUCAUUCCUCUAUGCUAUUAGCUUUUACUUUUUUUUAUCAUUUCUUUUGUCACCCUGGCGCCGCCCGAUUGUUUUUUACGACUUCUUCUCUGCCUUUGUGCUUCUCAACCGCAUGCCGUUUCCUUCCUUCCCUUUCUCGACUCGACUCGACUCGACCUCGUGCUCGGAGCAGAAUAAGGGAGGGAACGGGAACAAGGGACAAAAAUGGAAAAAGGAAAGGCAGUAUAUCCAUGGACUGGGCUGUGAUGCAUUUGGCCCCGAGAAUGAGAAUGAGAAUGUAGAACGAGUGCAUGUAGUGGCCGGUUUUUUUAUUCUACUUUUAGUGAGUUGUG